AUCGCCGACGUGCCCCUAAAAUAUCGGAUCCUCCCGAAUUUAUUGUUCAUUUGGAUUUAUUUGAAUCUCGUCGGAAUCUCGUUUUCUUGGUCUCUGUUUUUCCUUCUUUUUUUUUCUUUCUAUUCGUUCUGAAUAAAACUCCAUUCCGAUUUGGUCAAGUCAUUGGGGAUUUCAGGUGGAUAGAAUUGUUCCGUUGUCGUCGUUUCCCUGGAAAAUUUUGACGGAUAACGAGGAGAGAGAGAGAGAGAUCGCCGAAUCAAAUUACUGAGUUAGGAUUCAAAAAAAAAAGAAAAGCGAUGCAACGGGUGGUAGAUAACGCUCUCGCGGUAACCAAAGAUGCAGGUCUGUGAAAACUGUAACAUAUGAGUCUUUGAACAACAUUGCUAGAUGCAUUAACGGUGUCUCCGCUCUUCUCUUGACCCUCCUCCCUGGCAACGCUAAUAUCCUCGAAGGUCUCCAUGGCUGGGAGCUCAGACCCACUUUCCGUGGUCCACGUUUACCUCGCUGGAUGCACAAUGGGGUCUCUUCUUUCAAUCACUUCGUUCAUGAGCUCUCUGUGGAUUCCGAUACUUCCAGCUCCGACUAUUCUUCCGGAGAAGAGAGUGAUGGUGUGUUGCCUGCUUCACCUUCUUCUCAAAGCUCACGCCUUUCUUGGGCUAGUGCUUCUGCUAAUCCUGAAAGCCACUGGACUGAGUGGAUUACCUUUAUUCUCUGGUGGUUGAUAUUCCCUGUACGGAUCUUGAUAUGGAUACCUCAGUACUUCCUGCGUUUGUUCUCUAAGCGAAGUGCAAGAGCUCCUUCGAGCCCAAGAAGGAACCUGCGUUCACCUAGGCCUCGUCUUAGCAAGACUAUGUCGAGCAAAGACCAUGAUGUUCCUAACAGAGCUACUGAUAGAAGACGCGGAGUCAUUGAGGAUCUUCAUCUCGCUAUUGAGAUCUGCAUAGAAGCGAUUUUUGAUUUUUUUCACAGGGCUACGCGUAUGAUCCUUUCUCCGUCGGAAGCUUUUGCAAUAAUGUCAUCAUGGUUCUCUUCUCGCAGUAACAGUAGUGAAGAAAGCCAUGAUGACGUUUCAGAUGAUGUGAAUGUGCAGACUGCCACUUUAGGAGAUACUGAUCCAUCUCUUACGGAAAGGCCCACACGCUUAUACAACUCUAUGAACACAGAUACUCGAACGUGUAAAGAUGUCAUCACAGAGCUGGGGUAUCCUUACGAAGCUAUUCGUGUUGUUACAUCUGAUGGAUAUGUUCUUCUCUUGGAAAGGUUACCAAGACGUGAUGCAAGGAAAGCUGUUUAUCUACAACAUGGGAUAUUGGAUUCUUCAAUGGGAUGGGUAUCUAAUGGAGUUGUCGGAUCUCCAGCUUUUGCUGCGUAUGACCAAGGCUAUGAUGUUUACUUGGGGAACUUCCGGGGUUUAGUUUCAAGAGAUCAUGUGAACAAGAACAUAUCCUCGAAAGAGUACUGGCGAUACUCCAUUAACGAGCAUGGCACUGAGGAUAUCCCAGCGAUGAUAGAAAAAAUCCACGAAAUCAAAACUUCAGAACUAAAGCUCAGCCAGCCUACCAUCGACGAGGAAAUCAACCAGGAGGAGCCUUAUAAGCUCUGUGCCGUCUGUCAUAGCCUAGGUGGUGCUGGGAUUCUCAUGUACGUCAUCACUCGCAAAAUCAAGGAGAAGCCACACCGACUCUCAAGACUUAUCCUCCUUUCACCUGCCGGCUUUCACGAGGACUCCAACUUAAUUUUCACCAUUGUUGAGUAUAUAUUCCUUUUUGUGAGUCCUGUAUUGGCUUGCAUCGUUCCCGCCUUCUACAUACCGACAAGAUUCUUCAGGAUGCUUCUGAACAAGCUAGCACGUGACUUCCACAAUUAUCCUGCUCUUGGUGGACUGGUCCAAACCCUGAUGAGUUACGUAGUUGGUGGAGACAGCUCGAACUGGGUCGGGGUCUUGGGGACGCCUCACUACAACAUGAACGAUAUGCCAGCUGUCUCCUUCGGUGUUGCGAAACAUCUAGCUCAGAUCAAACACACUGGUAAGUUCAAAAUGUUUGAUUACGGGAGCAGGACAGCUAACAUGGAGGUUUACGGCUCUCCUGAACCGCUUGAUCUAGGGGAGUCUUACGAGUUCAUCGAUGUGCCUGUUGAUUUAGUAGCGGGGAAGAAAGACAAGGUGAUUCGGCCUUCCAUGGUGAGGAAACACUACAAGGUGAUGAGAGAUGCUGGGGUUGAUGUGUCGUUUAAUGAGUUCGAGUAUGCUCACCUUGAUUUCACAUUCUCUCACCGGGAAGAGCUUUUGACGUAUGUCAUGUCGAGGCUGCUGCUUGUGGAAGUGACACCAAGUCAACAGAGGCAGAGCAGCCAGAAAGGUAUGAAACUGAAGAAGAAGAAAAAGGAGGCAUAGUAGUGUAAGUAGCUAGAAACCAAACGAUGGCCACUGUGGUCAAUGCCCAAUAGAGUUUGGAGUCUUUGUAUUGUGAUGUUGUGCGUUUGAGCUUCAUCUGUGCAUUCUACGUUGAUCUUCCUGUAGGUGUACAUAGUGUAAAGUUUGAUCGCUUGAUGAAAUGAUCUUGUUGUCAGAGAUGUUUUUUUCAGCAAUAUGAUGUAUAUGUUUCUA